UCAUAUUGCAAGAGCCUGUCCUGGAAAACUGUCCAGGCUUGUCAGGGGGAAGACAUAGACAGCUCCUUGCAGCUUCUGAAGACAAUCCCUUGCUUGGCUGGAGGCGCAUGUUAUAGCUCAGCAUGAGUUCUUUCACACACACGUUGCUCUAUUGCGCCCUGCUCCUUUUAACCCUUAAGGAGCUGACAGAGGCAUGCACCUGCGCUGUCUCUCACCCCCAGGAGCAGUUCUGUAAUGCAGAUGUUGUGGUUCGUGCAAAAGUAACUGGUGAAAAAAUUUCCUCCCCAGGACAUAUUGACAAUUCAAAAGAAUAUGGGAUCCAAGUGAUCAAGGUAUUUAAAGGAGAUACGAAUACGAUAUAUCUACAGCAUGUGAGCACCCCAUAUGGAUCUGCUGCUUGUGGAGUAUACCUGGAAAAACAAAAAGAAUAUCUUCUAGCAGGCAAUAUGUUUAAUGGCACAAUCCGCAUCUAUUUGUGUGGCCUUCAUUACCACUGGGAAAGUCUGACUCCGUUCCAAAUUACGAGCCUCAGUCAACCAGAUAAGGGAUAUCAGCAGGGAUGUCAGUGUAAGAUCAAAUUUUGUUCCAUGGAAACUUGCGAUAACAAUGCACCAAAUGAGUGCGUCUGGAGCAACCGGGAGGAGACUCAGAAUCUAGAAAAAGAGCACGCGUGCCAUAAACAAAAAGACGGAUCUUGCAGCUGGUACCCAAGUAUACCUGACAAGCCUACUCACCCCAGCCAGCCAUAAUGAUCUCCAUGGUCCCGCGGCUGGUUUGAUCUGCUGGAGCGAAUGGAUCACAAACAACACAAUGAACUGUACAGAAUGUGUAAUGAAAUUGUGGAGCUGGCGCUUUUUUGGGUAGAAAAUAAAGGAAAUCAAUAAAGGAACGCUUUAAUAGUAUUUGAGCAAAUAUAAGUAUAAAGAAAAUUAAUAACGUGAAAAACAAGCAGAAUUAUUCCUCCUCAUAUUCCUAGAAAAACUAUUUUCGAGAUCAAAAAUUCGGCUCCAUGGCUACGUAGGCUUUUAGAACCUGUCUUAAUUUGUAAGGUGUAAUUUUUGCAGAUGGUUCUCAACCCACAAGAUAAGGCCUCAUGCACACAGCAGAGCUGGAGGUGGCACUCCGAGUCCCAAAACUGCAGGGACCCUGUGUGAAGCAAUUCCAUGACUAACUCCCCUAGCGUCAAUGCUUCUAGGUUAGGAUAGCUCCAUAAGUAGGUUCCAGCAUGAAGCUUAAGAGGGAAGCCGUGGCUUGUGACCAAUGCAUGACCACACUGUAGCUUACAACUACAAAUGAUGUGUGCUUUUACCACACAUCGUCAUGGUUGGGCUAUGUGGUUUUUGCAAGUUUUUUAACAUAUUCUAGCCUAAAAAAAUGUCAGUAAUUUGUGGUGAAGCUGCUUGGGGCUGUACUUUUUGGUUGCACAUGGUCUCACACUGAUCCUUUUCACAACCGUGAGGGAAAUUAGGUUUUAGUGAGAUGCGUACUGCUUUUCUGUAUAUUUAUGACUGAAUCGGGAUAUGAUCAUUGUAAAACAAAUGAAUAAUCCACACAUCCAUUUAAUGAGACAAAGUCCUUCAAUGAUUGUUAGUGUAUUCAUCAAUUAGAUUCAUGUGAUGUUCUACUACAUCUGCUUCUGAAAGGGAUUCUCUUACUUGGACAACCACUUUUGUUAGAAAGGUUCCUUCACAAUACAAUGACCACCAUGUGUCCUCCUGCUGUGACCCCUAGCGAUCAGCUGUAACCAGGUGUCCUCCUGCUGUGACCCCCAGCGAUCAGCUGUAACCAGGUGUCCUCCUGCUGUGAUCCUCAGCGAUCAGCUGUAACCAGGUGUCCUCCUCCUGUGACCCCCAGCGAUCAGCUGUAACCAGGUGUCCUCCUGCUGUGACCCCCAGCGAUCAGCUGUAACCAGGUGUCCUCCUGCUGUGACCCCCAGCGAUCAGCUGUAACCAGGUGUCCUCCUGCUGUGAUCCUCAGCGAUCAGCUGUAACCAGGUGUCCUCCUCCUGUGACCCCCAGCGAUCAGCUGUAACCAGGUGUCCCUUCUGCUGUGACCCCCAGCGAUCAGCUGUAACCAGGUGUCCUCCUGCUGUGAUCCUCAGCGAUCAGCUGUAACCAGGUGUCCUCCUGCUGUGACCCCCAGCGAUCAGCUGUAACCAGGUGUCCUCCUGCUGUGAUCCUCAGCGAUCAGCUGUAACCAGGUGUCCUCCUCCUGUGACCCCCAGCGAUCAGCUGUAACCAGGUGUCCUCCUGCUGUGAUCCUCAGCGAUCAGCUGUAACCAGGUGUCCUCCUGCUGUGACCCCCAGCGAUCAGCUGUAACCAGGUGUCCUCCUGCUGUGACCCCCAGCGAUCAGCUGUAACCAGGUGUCCUCCUGCUGUGAUCCUCAGCGAUCAGCUGUAACCAGGUGUCCUCCUGCUGUGAUCCUCAGCGAUCAGCUGUAACCAGGUGUCCUCCUGCUGUGAUCCUCAGCGAUCAGCUGUAACCAGGUGUCCUCCUGCAGUGACCCCCAGAAAUCAGCUGUAAUCUGUGUGGAAAGCUGAAAGUAAAGGUAUUUGCAGAAUCCGUGGCAGGGUGACCCCUUGAUUUCUGCUGUGGAUUUUUUUUGUUUUUUUGCUCUGAGCUGUCGCAGAUUUCUGUUUAGGUGCAUGGACUGAUGGAGGAUGCUCCAAAUUUAUGACGCAUACUCCGGCAGCGCAGGGGAGUGCUGGUCUUGAUAAAUCUCCCCCUGUUUUAUUUCCCUGCAGCGCCACUAUAGGUAAUAUUAAGCAAUACACAGUGUCCAUUCCAAUAAAUGGGUUGUCUGUGUAAUCCUCCAGAGUGAGAGAUGCUCUUCAAAGAGGACCUGGUACCUCUGCUGACUUGUACGUCUUAUGACUACCAGCAUUCCCCAUGUAAUAACAAUUCUGGUCCAUCUAUCCCUAUGACUCUAUGUUGUACCAUUUAUUAACAAUUCCCACUAGAAGUUCAUGCAUGAAUUACUAGCAGUUUGCAAAGAAGGUCCAGCUGGGUGUUACCAGUUGGGGGUGUGUCCCUGCACAGUCUGACACUGAGAGCACUGAUUGGAUGGUUUCAGACUGUGUUGCAGUAGCUCUUCUCCAGGAAGGUCCAGAGCACUUCUCCUCGCAGCGUCCCUGUGGUGGCACCACAAGGAAAUGGAACACCUGCUGCCAGGUUUUAUCUGCAGAUGACAGCUGAGAGCUCACCUAAACCUUGCAAACAAAAAAAGGGGUUCUCCAAAGCAGACGAUCCCUUUCAGAGAUUUUGAGAUAUGUAAAGUUAAGACGUGAACACGUGUUUGGAAUAUAGAAAAACUAUUUUAUCCGCAAAUAAUAUAUACAUUUCCAUUAUGCUUAACAUCUCAUGGUGUAGCUCUGUUGCCUUUGGUCGCAUUACAUGUAUAUUAUGUUGUCUUCGGUCACUGUAUGACUAUGCUACUAUAAGUUGUUUUGGGUGACUGCAUGUCAGUACUAUUCUACGCUGUCUUGCGUCAACCUACAUCUACAGCCUGAGCUUUUAUUUGUGCAAUUCUAUAUACUCUUCUGUACCCUGGGUGCUAGCCUAUAACCAGGCCUUCUAUCUAGGGAUGUUCGGGUUCGGCGUUCGGGUGGCGUUGUACAGGAAGGAUAACCAGAUGGAUCCGUUAUGCUUGGCCAUAGACUUCUGUUAUGACGGAUUAAAAAUGCCUCUUAAAGGCCUCCAUUUUGCAUUCCGUCUACAAAUUCUGUUGUAACACAAUCCAUAACAGAAUUUCUACACCCAAACGCCGAACCUGUAAAAAUAGGAAUCCUUACUUCUGUCCCUUCAGCUUAAUAGACUAGAAGAAGACAGCAGACUGUUUUACAGGCAUUUGGGUCCAUUGUCACCUUCUUACCACUGAUCAAACUUGGAAAUCAUACGUGUCCUGAUGGGCUGCAGUAGUCCAGAGUGACGAAGAAAACCACUGUCCUUUGCUAACCUUGGGCUAGUUUCACAUCUGCGGCUGUCCUCCCCGGCAGGCUGUUCCAGCACAGAGCUCUCCAGAUCCGGCAUUACCAGAUACUACCGCCUGCCUUAUAUAUUCAACGGCUCUGGCAGAGAUACGGCCGCUGCCCGGCAAAUGUGCCGGGAGACAGUCAGACAAAAACAGCUGCAUUCUAUGCUGAACCAGGCUGCUGGAGAGGACAGCCGCCCGUGUGAAACUAGCCUUCAACGUAAGAAUUUGUUUUAAUACAAUAAUGAAAAAGUGAAAAGGGAGAGCGCUAAAAAAAAAAUGCCUAUAUGA